AUGACACCUAAAUCUAAACGCAUCUUUGCUUCUGUAAUUUCGCUUGCUGCUUUUGCUGUGAUUGCGGUUAUCCUAUAUAUUUAUGUCCCGAUCGAUUCAUCCCCUUCAACAUUGGCCUCAACGACUACAAAGUCAGCUGUUCAGACCGGAGACUUACAAGAAAUGAAACCGCUAUCUUCGCUGUCAAAUGCUACAUCUUACGUGGUAGGACUUGCGGCUAACGGAACAUCUUCUUUUUUUAAUGUCUCAAAUACGAUUAGAGACUCGCUUCCCCUUCCAGCGCUGAUACCAGAUGAUAGAAAACCCCUUGUGAGGAAUGUGAUCGUUAUAGGUAGUUCUAUUACAGCAGUAGCUAUUAUAUCCUUUUUUGCGUACAAAAUUCACAAGGUAAGAGCGCUAAGACAUGCUAGAAUGUUGCGCAGUCAUGGUAUCUUGGGUAUCAUCCCUUUUAUUUCAUCCGCGGUUUUUAGACAACUCUCUGGGGCCUUGAUGGUGCCACAGGUGUCGUUGACUCUUGGUACUAUUGGAAUUCUUUACUUUGCCUUGUGGUGGAACUUUGGACUGUCACGCCUUUCAUCCUACCUUGUAAUUUCGAUUAUGAGUGGCAUCGGAAUCUCAGCAAGCGCUUACUUUAUAUCCAAGCAACUCGGCCUCUAUAGACCUUCCGCCAUCGUGAGCCUGAUCUCAGACAUAAGCAAUGGUGUUGGAGAUUCAUUAACUGCCAGGAUAGCUGGAAAUAUUGCCACUGUUCCCUUUUUGAUUAUCGUUCCUCUUCUCUUUUUCAUUGGUACUACUGCAUAUGCUAAUUCGCUUAUACAAUACGGAGAGACGUCUUCUUCUCUCAUCUCCAUCUUUGGAUUGCUAAAAGCCAUUGUUUUCAGCUGCAUAUAUUCCGUGCUUUUUGUGGCAGCUGGAACUAUAGCUUUAAUAAUUAAUGUAAACUUCAUUUCAAGGAAUCCUGCUGCCUAG